AUGACACAUGUAGCGUCCACCCACGCGACACAAUGUAAAGACAAAAAGGACACUAAACACCGCCUCUGCAAUGGUAAUCGUACGUAUCCGAAGACGAUGUAUGGUUUGUUCUUAUUCAUUGUCAUGAGCUGUACUAUCGGCCUGAUUAGUAUCACAUCACUUGUCCAGUAUGGAGAUCUACAGCUGCCCCCACGUCUCUCAGUACACAAUUUACGCAGCAAGAACAACAGUAUGAACGACAAGAAAACACCUGAUUAUGAGAUUGAGAACGAGUGGGUAAGCAGCUAUGAGUGUGUAGGCUGGAAAGCUCGACGACAAUGUUCUCCUGAUGGAAGACCUGAUCCCAGUCAUGACAGAGCCUGUCACGUCGUUGUACGUCGUGGAGACAGUGGAUUUUGUGAGCUACGACAUAAAAUGACGGGUCAAGUGCGUCACGUGAUGAAGAUGCACUGUAAUUCUCUUCGUGUGAAUGUGAAGUUUAAAUGCGAGGAAUUUGCGAGUUUAUUGGACUACGGACGUCUUGCUACCGAGUAUGUACAUGAUUUGAACUUCUCACUGGCCAAUUGUCGACAGCAGUUGGUUGACGAUCAAGUACGUGCAACUAUCGCGAUGAAUGAGAAGUUUGAGCAAGCACAGGGAGAUAUGAGUGAUAAGGAUUUUCAAAAAGAAGGGCAGAUUGCUUUGACUCGGCCUUCUUCGUACAAACGAGGAAUUACAAUUGUCAUUUAUAAAAAGUUGCUGCAAAGUGUGUACGCAUCGGUGAAAUCGUUGCGAGAUAUGGGCUGCACUUUGCCAAUUGAGUUGUGGUAUAAGCGCUCGGAGGUAAAUGUAGUGCACCCGUUGCUUCGUGAAUUGGCUGGACGAUAUGGAACGUACAUGCGGGAAAUUCGAGAUCCACGAGCUGUUAGGUUUUUUACAAAGCCGUAUGCGAUUUACUAUAGCGCAUUCGAUCAAGUGCUGUUUUUGGAUGCCGAUAAUUUUGCAGUGCGUGACCCGACGUAUCUCUUUGACACGCCGCAGUUUCAAAAUAAGGGUGCUAUUUUCUGGCCCGACUUCUGGCAUUUUAAGAAUUCCAUGUUCAAUAUCCAUUCCAAUAGUUUCGUGUGGGAGAUCUUUCAUUUGCAGCCUGUGGAUAUGUUUGAGCAGGAGUCAGGACAGGUUAUGAUCGACCGGACUGUGCAUCAGAAAGCGCUCAAUGUGCUAAUGUAUUAUGGAUUCCACCCCGACAUCUUUCUGCGUCUGCGUCUUAUUUGGGGAGAUAAGGACUUAUAUCGGUUUGCGUGGCUAAAGACGAAUAGCGUCUUUCACAUGAUUGAUACUCCACCCGGUUCAGCAGGCCUCAAACUGGCUGACAAGAGUAUUUUCUGUGGGGUCACUAUGGCGCAGCAUGACCUGGAGCGUGAUGUUUUGUUUCUACAUCGCAACCAUAAUAAGCUAUCAAGCGAUACUUACAGAAAGGUUUGGACUCACUUGCAGGAAUUUCGCAUGAACGAGGUGCACCUGGACGAGUAUAAAGUGCAGGGCAUCAGCGGCGGUCAGUAUUUUCCCAGUUUUAAACUAUGCUAUGGCAAGGAUAGUCAUUACGAGAAUGCUUUCACGGUCAAGGCCAUCGACAAGCUACCGUUUGCUGGUCUCGAGCAGCGAUUGCUGGACUUGGUGCAAGAAGCGGCACGUAUCGACGGCACACGAGUAAGCGACAUUGAAGGAAAAAAAGCUGUUAAUGCCACUGCCAAGGCCAAGCAUCAAGGCGCUUAA